AUGAGCAUCCGCAACGUCGUAAAUUCAACGACUACGCCCCAGUCGGGGCAAUCCGACUACCAUGGGAAUCCUGAAAUUCGCACAGCGGGCGCAUCGGGCGCCCAACACGCUUACCAUCCUUCCACUUCCGACUUCACUUUCCGGCCUUCUGCUGGAUUCAAUGUGCCCCGCCACAUUGAGAGAGCCCAGUUUACUACCGGCGCGUCAGUUGACCACGCGGGCAUGACGUACGAGGGGACAAAUUACACCAUGGCCCCUCAGCCCUUCGGGGUUAACAAUCGAACCUGCUUGCAUGCCUCUGUCGACGUGGGCGGAAGAGGAUAUGGGACGGAAGUCCAGAUGAUUCGAGCGAGCCAAUGCCAGACCUCGAGUGAGUGA